AUGGCGGGAUAUACGCACACUGGUCAAUACGGGGAGGGAACGUGGCAAACAGAAAAGAAAAAUAUUACAGAAAGAAGUCGAUUUAUGUUUAACAACGAACUGAUGAGUGACGUCCAUUUUCUCGUUGGCAAGUCGGAGAAAUUGAGGAUUCCAGCUCAUAAAUUCGUUAUGGCAAUCAGCAGCCCUGUCUUCUAUGCCAUGUUUUAUGGGAGAAUGGCUGAAAAGGAAAACGAAAUUAAAAUCGGUGACUGUGAAGUUAGCAGCUUUCUAGAACUCCUGAGAUACAUUUACUACGACGAAGCAAACAUCGAUCCAACGAACGUGUUUGGCAUUUUGUACUUGGCAAAGAAAUACAUCCUCCCAUUUUUGGCUGAGAAGUGUGUGCAUUUCCUCGAAGAGAACAUUGAUUAUCAAAAUGCCUUCACCCUCCUAGCUCAAGCGCGCUACUUUUGUGAGCCGAAACUAGAGGAAAAGUGCUGGGAGAUUAUCGACAGAGAAACGGCGAGAGUCUUGUCUUCAGAUUCCUUCACGGAAAUCGAUCAUGAAACCUUACUUGCAGUACUAACACGUGACACCUUGACGGUUCUUGAAGCAGACCUCUUCAAAGCCAUUAAACGCUGGGCGGAGGCCGAAUGCAACCGGAAAAUCCUUCCGCCAACACCAGAAAACAAAAGAGGUGUUCUCUUGAGCGCCCUUAAUUUUAUUCGGUUCCCAGUCAUGACUCUGAGAGAAUUCUCAGAGGAUGCCGCGCAGUCGGGAAUUCUUACUUCGGAGGAAACUAUAAAUAUAUUUUUGUAUUUUGGUUCUAAAAACGAAUCUAAAGUCAACAGCUUCCUGACCCACCCCCGGCAAGGCGCCCAUAGGGUGUAUCGCUGUAGAAGGUUCCCCAGUUAUGGUCAAGAUUGGCUGUGUGAGGGAACAAAUGUUGAUAGUAUCAAGUUCACAGUUGAUCGAGAUAUUACUGUUUUAGGAGUUGGACUUUAUGGAGUAAGUAACGCAGAGGACAGUUCAAGAUCGUUUAGUGUGGAUGUAGAGUUGUUGGACUCACAUAAUGACGUUAUGUGCACUUAUGAAGGAACUUUCUUUGCUGAUGCAAAUAAACAUGUAAAUGACAUCUUAUUUGACGAACCUGUUGUAGUAAGAUGUCAGCAACCGUACGUCAUUCGCGUCCUUCUAAAAGGACCCUCUACGCUGGGGGGUACUGACGGAAUGAGAGAUGUCAUAGCAGAGGGUAUUAGGUUUAGAUUCGACGUAGAUGAAGCCAGCUUCAACGGAACAACAACGGCUGAUGGACAAAUUCCAGACAUUAUUUUUAAAAUUUAG